AUGUCGGCUCUAGUACCACCUUCUUCUAGCCCUAUUCAGAUCAUAUAUCAGAAAGGGAUUCAAUACGGGGAUUAUCUGGGAAUGGCAAGUACUGCAUUAAUCAUUUAUGACUACUUGAUAUCGAUGAGCGAUGAGGUUUCUUUCUUCUGGGUCGGUCCGGUGUCCCUCAGCAAAGUUCUAUAUCUAAUUAUCUAUGUUCACUCUGGUGACUUGCAAUGGGCAGGAACGAAAUAUCAUCAUGUUCGCCAUCGAAUACUACUCUACUACCUUAUGACGCCGGACGUGCUAUACGGGGCUAUUCCGCUUGCGUUCGUAGCUGAAAUAUUGCUCAUAGUAAUGUGUCAAGCUGUCAUAAGUCUUCGUGUCUGGUAUUUGUUCAAAAAUGACAGAGUAACUCGAAACUUGGCAGCUAUUGCCUAUAUUGGCUGCACUGCCGGAAACGCGGUUAUACUUGCUUUGCUGUCACCUGGCAUAAUGUAUGAAGCCGCUGGACUAACAAUAAAAGACCAAGUAAUGGCACCAUCCAAGAUGUAUCGAUUAUUCUUCCCUUCCUUGGUGCUUCAUGCAGUAAUGCUCAUCCUUACCCUGUGGAAGAUGAAGACUAUUGCUGUACUAGACAGCUCGUCUAUAAAGCGGAUAGUCCAAGAACACAAUCCUGCCAACGCUAUUUACCUGUCGCGAUAUUACAUGGACACCGUGAUAACAUGCCGUACGAUGAUUAACUUCCGCUCACUGGCGGAUACCUUGGAUAUUGAUCCCAGCUGGUUGCUCAACUAUACCGAGCUCAGUCGCGUGCGGUGGCAUCAGGAGCGCAGAGGGGAGCUGGUGGUAGAAGCAACUCCUAUCUAG